CUCCGCUUUCAGCUGUCUGCCCUGCAUGUAAAAUUAGACUCUCAGAGAGCAGAGCAAAACCUGGAGGAGAUGGACCGCAGCUACAGUCCCAAUCUUUACUUUGGGAGUUGUACGAGAUGCAGGGAAGGGGUUUACGGCACAGGAGCAGCCUGUCAGGCAAUGGGACAUUUAUUCCACAACACUUGCUUCACCUGCAGCGUUUGCAACAAACAGCUCAACGGAAAGCCAUUUUUUACAGUGUCAGGGCUAAUCUAUUGUGAGGAUGACUAUUUGUUCUCUGGAGUCCAUCCACCUCAAGAAGUGUGUAACGUCUGUGGGUGUUCAAUUACAGACCUGAGCUCAUCAGGUCCUGCAGGCUCGCGGGAAGUCGUACCACCCGUCCUGCUUUCGCUGCGUCAUCUGCAGACGGGAGCUGGAGGGUCAGGCAUUCGCAGUAGACUCAGAGUCCAGGGUUUACUGUGUCAGCGACUACUACAGGGUCCAAGCACCGCGCUGUGCUGCCUGCAGGGAGUCAAUACUUCCAACAGAGGGUUCUACAGAGUCUAUUCGAGUCGUAUCAUCUGACAAAUACUAUCAUGUGGAGUGCUACACCAGUGACGUUAACCUUCUUUAAAAACAAGUGGUUAUGGACCAGUUUAUUAGUACUGCAAUUUUUUCAGUUCCUGUUUUAAUAAAGUCACUGCAGUUGCAACUAUU